UGGAUGAAAUUGUUGGAGGUCAGCCAGCCAAUGGAUCUUGGAAUAGUGAAUUCUUCCUCUCCCCAGGUAUCUUGUUAACAUGAUGGAGGAGGAAGAGAUGGGAAACAGGUUUGAGAUUUUCCCCUGGGCCUUCGGCCAAAACCGGAAAAGUCAGUUUCCCGCCUUCCUCAAGAAGAAGGACCAGCUCCGGGCACGGAUGCAGUACAGGACUGCUGUGAGCCGCCGCUGCUGUGAGGAGGUGAUGGCCAUGGUACCCUCCCACUCUCUGUGGAAGCGGGAGCGCCCCGAACAUCACAGCGGGGCUCAGCGACACUACGGCAGGGAGGGCUUUCUGCGGCCCCGGCGGCCAUCAGCUCUACCCAUCGCCUGCAUGCUCUGCAGCAGGAUGACCGGCCAGAACCAGGAACCCUGUACUUCUGAGCACGCAGGGAGCCCAGAGUGUAAGUAUGAGCUCUAA